GAGGUCGGUUGCCUGGGUGUGUCUUUGGACGUGGGCGUCGCUGAAGUGAAUCGAUGGUAUCGGCAGUUAAGACGACUUCAGAGCCUCUGCCAUGCCAUCCGAGCAAACAAACAAACCCCAGCAGCCUGUGCAUACCGUUUGCAGCUUUGGACUUCAAUUUUGCGUGCUCCUGGCUUUUAUAGGAAUUUCCCCACAUGGUGGGAGACCCGGCCCAUUCAGCUGCAAGGCUCACCUGGCAGCAUCUUUGCUGCACUGCCGCACUCCCCCACGGUUGAGCUGAUUUUUCUGGACUUCAGGGAGAACUACCGCAGUUUUGAGGCUUGGAGCAUCAAGCCUCAUGCAAUCCCUGCGGCGCCCAAGCCCGACCAAGUUGACUCUCUCACCAUUCGGCGAUCCUACACCAUUCUAGCAGUUGACUCGGAUUCCCAGCAAAUUCAUUUGGACGCGCCUCUGGACUUGCGCGGAUGCUCCACGUGGACUAUUGAUGGGGUGUCAGCCUCGAUUUGUAAUCCGGAUGGGGCUGUUUGCACAGUUGAUUUGCCUUGUGAUUUGGCUCCCGAGUCUGAGUUGGAACAAUGCCAAGUUCUCGCGUCAUGCACUGAUGUACAGCACGAGUUUGAAACUUUAUGGGCUGCUCGUUGGGGCAAGCACGCCAAUCCGGCGGAAUGUGACUGGACUCGCAUUUGCCAGUUUGCCAGGGCGUUUCUUCCACGGGGGCGCCUGGAAAUGGCCCCAAUCUCGUAUGAGCAAUGGCGCACAGCCCUCAAGAGGUACAAGCCUCGCGCAGCCAGGGGACCAGAUGGGUUCUCUCGCAAAGACCUGUUGCGAAUGCCCCGGGAGCGCACACAAGAGCUCCUGGACUUUCUGAAUUCAAUUGAGCGCGGCCACUCUGGCUGGCCUGAGCAGCUCCUCACCGGUCUUGUGUUAGCUCAUGAAAAGCUCAUGGCGUUCAGUCAUACAGGCCCAUCUGCGUGUUCAGUGUCCUAUAUCGGACGUGGUCCGGCAUACGCGCUCGACCGUGUCGCAGAGUUAUGGAUGCUCCUUGAGGCGAGCAUCGAACUCUCUUGCCAGGGCGGCUCCACACGCUCGGGAUUCAGCAUGGACAUCGUGAAGUGUUUCAAUAACCUGCCCAGGGCGCCUGUUGGACUAGCAUCGAACGCAUCUUGGGUCUGCCGGAAACUGUGCUGCGGCCUUGGGAGUCCUUUUUGUCUGGCGUUCGGAGACGCUGUGAUCAGAUCCAGUGUCGGGCGCCCUCUGCUCAGCACCAGCGGGUAUCCAGAAGGAUGUCCUCUCUCUACAGUCGCCAUGGUUGUCACAGGCUGCAUGUUUCAUCAGUAUAUGGAACAGUUCACGCCCUCGGUGCAGAGCCUCAGCUAUGUGGACAACUUUGUGGGCCAUGCAGUUCAGGCAGGACAGGCUGUUGCCGGACUCAAUGCAGCCAUUUGCUUCUGUGAUGCCAUGGGAUUGGAGAUUGACCCAGCAAAAACAUAUGUGUGGUCGAAUAAUGCCCCGGACCGCCGUGCCCUCACUGCAUUGCAAUUCCCUGUGCUAGAUGCCGUCCGUGAACUCGGUGGUUACUUUUCAUUCGGGCGCUCAGCGCGCAAUCAGGCGCUGCAGCAGCGAUGCAGGGACUUGGAACCGUUGUUUGCGGCACUCAAGCGCUCGUCAAGUCCUCUUGCUUUGAAGUUGCUUAGUCUGCCCACUAAACUCUGGCCGCGAGCUUUGCACGGAGUGGCUGGUUGUCCUGUGUCUUUGCAGCUGCUUGCCGCCCUGCGAUCAGAUGCCGUGAAGGCGCUGCGUGUUCAGGUAGGGGGUGCAAGUGCGCUCCUCAGGCUUAGCAUCAAUGAGCGCAUGGACUGUGAUCCGGGGUUCUAUCAGGCAUGGCAUGUCCUCGGCACCACGCGCCGUGUCUGUCUGAAACAGCCCGAGAUGCUCACGAUGUGGCGGCUGUACUGCCAACGGUAUGACGGCUCCAGGCUACAUGGCCCCUUCACAAAAUUCUUUGAGGUGAUCGGGGUGCUGGGCUGGACUUUGGAGGCCCCGCCAAUGUUCACGGAUCAUGAGAAUCUGCGACAUGACUUGCUCCGCAUCCCGGUGCCAUUGCUUCGCAGACUUGUCGAGGCGGCCUGGCUUCAGCACGUUGCGCUGGCUCAUCGACAUCGCCAGACUAUGCGUGAUCUAAUGUGCAUAGAUCAGGAUUUACUGCGCCAGGGCAGGGCGAAUCUGUGCCCACUCGACCUCGCGCGCCAAGUGGCGCUGCAGUCAGGUUCCUUUGUUUUUGGGCACGCGCAAAGUAAAUUUGAUCCGCAGCAAGACGGCCUCUGUGUCCAGUGUGGGGUCGCCGAUAACGCUCGGCAUCGUCUCUGUGUGUGUCCACAAUAUGCCCAUGAACGAAGGCCAUUUCAGUGGGUCUGCGAUCGUUGGGACGAACUCCCUGAUUGCUUGACGCAUCAUCUGUUGGUUCCUGCAAAUCCUCACGGCCCAGAGCUCCGCCGGCAGUUGCAGGUCUGUCAGGAUCAGUGCUUUCAGUACUACUCCUACGGGUGUGCACCUGACACACAGCAUCUGUUCACGGAUGGUUCCUGCCUUCACUCAAGGGUUCCGGGUUUGGCCUUGGCGGGUUGGGGUUUGGUUCAUUCAAGUACAGGGUUGGUUCUUGCCUGUGGUCCGGUUUGCGGGUUGCUGCAAAGUGCCCCUCGGGCUGAGCUUUGUGCGAUGCUCUCAGCAGUUCGUUGGGUGGCUGUGGUCCAGAGGAACGCCGUCAUCUGGUCAGAUGCUCUACAUGUGGUGGACACCAUGCAACAACUGUUGCGUGGAGAUGUGUUAACGGGUUCACUGGAGAACAGCGAUCUCUGGGAGCGUAUCGCAGAGGAGGUUGCUCGACUUGAUUCAACAUGUCUCCGGGUUCUGCACACACCUUCGCACCUGGACCCCGUGCUUUGCGACAGCCCCAUGGAGGAGUGGCUGGCGAAGUGGAACGACCAUGCUGACACUGUGGCAGUUUCUGCGAACACGAAUCGACCCCAGGCUUUUGUGGAGCUGCAUGCAAGGGCCAUGGAGUAUCAUGAGGACAUGGCUCGAGUUCAGCAAGCGCUGCGUGGUUUGUACUGUGCACUGGCUGCUCGCACAGCCAGUGAGGACAGACGCGCUCGAGCAGUUCAUGAGGAGGAAUGUCAGGACAUGAUGGAGCGGGAUGAGCUUCCUGUGGAUGAACUCCCGGCAGGCAUGAGCUUGAUCGAAGCUCUUCCAAUUG